AUGAAAAAAAACAAAACAAGUCAAGAAAGUUUUAGCUACCUUUUAAACGAACAUAUUAAAUAUUUAAGACGUUAUUUGAGACGCCUAGAACUUCGCGAACCUUCAAAAAAUUCAGUCCUAUGGAAUUUUAUUAAUGACGAAAUUGAAGUAACGAAACGUCAUAAAGAACAAGUUGACGAAUCCAAAAAAAUAACUGAUUAUGGGAGAGAAAUAAGAGUGUAUAAUCGAGAAAUCACCCAUCUUCAACGAACCAUCAAGGAACUUGAGAAAGUGAUUAAAGAACUUCAUGAAAGAAACGAACAAAUCAGAAAAGAAAACGACGAUUAUAUCAAAACACUUAGAGAAGAAAACAAUAUUCAAAAGAACUACAUAAGUACUAUUGAAUAUGAUUUAAUGAAGGUUGUCGAAGAGAAGAAUAAUCUUGAAAAGGAUAAUCUGAAAUUAAU